AUGGCUACCCUCCAUGAUGCCCUUCAAUGUCUCAAGCCAACAUCCUGGGACGUAGUCCCCCAAACGCCCGACGAACUGCGAGAAUAUGUGCGCGAUAUGUUCAAGAAUAGUCGUCUAGUCGCCGAAUCUCUUCCAGACCCACCACCUCUUGAAGGUGGAACUGGAACCGGAGAUCUCUCUUCUACUACACAUUCCGCCCGCGUCGUGCCGUCGGCCGCACGAGUCGAGGAGACAGAUCCGGAGAUUACCGCUCUGCAGAAUCAAUGGGGUAAACCGUUAAAGAUGGGCGGGCCAAAGGACAACCCUCUCGGCGUGACUGUGUGGAAACUAUCCGCGAACGAUGGGGGCGAGAAAAUGUCGUCGGAAUAUGAUGAAACGCUGAAGCUCAACCGCAAGAAGAUUGAAAAGGGCCAAACGCCUGAUGAAUGUAUUCGCGGAAUCGGGGCUGAGGAGAAGGUCGAAUCAAUUGAGGUUAAGGAUGAUGAUGGAUCUGUCCUCGGCCAGGUAAUGGUCUAUCAUGUAUCGGCUCAAUUUCCCAAACCUACUGCCCCGCGAGACUUUGUGGCUUUGAUCAUUACUUCAGAAGCUGGUUUGCGAGUUGGUGGGACUAAACAGCUGGGCCGGAGUUGGAUGAUGAUUUCCAAGCCAGUUGACCACCCUGAUGUGCCGCAUAAGAACGGAUAUACCAGAGGCGAGUACGAAUCCGUGGAACUCAUUCGUGAGAUUCCACGAAAGAGCAACGAUUCCAGUUCGAUCAGCAAUGGAGAUGCUAAGAAGUCGGACAAGGAUGCGCUGGAGAAUGACGAGGACGAACCGAACCCCGUCGAAUGGAUUAUGGUCACUCGAAGUGAUCCGGGUGGCAGCAUCCCCCGAUGGAUGGUGGAUAAGGGCACGCCUAGGAGUGUCGGUGCCGACGCUGCCAAAUUCGUUGACUGGGCAAGCAAAGAUGAAAGCCCCGGGAAAAAGUCGUCUGAUAAUUCUAGUCAGAAAUCCCAAGAUGCUACCAAGUCUGAUGCCGAUAGUGUCAAUUCCGAUGACUAUCACUCAUACUCAGAGUCAGACUCGGAAUCAGAAUUCACUGACACCGACGCCCAAUCUCACCACGGCCUAAUCGCAAGUGUCACUGGCUUGCUCAACACUGGUAUUGAACGGUUUGCGCCCCAAUCAGUGCCAGAAGCGAGUACCAAUGAAGCGCCAACAUCGCAUCCAAGACAAUCCAUCUCUACCGGCGGUACCGGAUCAACGAAGACUCGCGAGCCAGAUCAAGGCUCUUUGUCAUCAGUCCAGUCCGAAGGAAAUAUACCAGGGCUCGAGCAUAACAAUCUACCCCCAGCCGAACUCAUAAAAAUGACCAAAGCCGGCAAAUUAAGUCACCACGAGAAAGAACUCGCAAAGCUCGCCCUACGUAAACGUGAAAUUGACGCAAAGCUCGACACCAUCCGCUCGAAACUAGACAAACUCCAACUUUCCUCGCAAAGCAAUCCCUCCCUACCCUUGAAGGGUGCCUUCGAUCUUGCAGAUAGCAGUGAUCAGAGCGGUAUGCUUAAAAAGCCAUCAGAGAAGCGCUCCUCAACACCGGCUAGCUCCGCAACACAGAAAAGUCAGCAAGCGAGUAGCAGUGACGGGCAGUCAUCUUCGCAGACCAAGACGCCACAAAAUUCAGAGCCAGCGGUCCCUGCGCAUAAGGCUGCGUCGCAGCUUUUCAGCGAGGAAGCUAAGCUGCUCAAACAGCUGCGCAAGGUUGAGGGGAGUCAAUUGAAGGUUGCGUCUAAGAUUGAGGAGAGGCGGAAAAAGGAAACCGAGAAGUCGAAGUCGAAGUCUGAGGAAAGACUGAAAAAGGAAGCGGGUCGGGAAGAGAAGUCCAAGUCCAAAUCUGAAGAGAAGCAGAAGAAGGAGACCGAAAAGUCUAGCUCUAAGUCCGACGAAAAAUUGAAGAAGGAAGCGGAACGAGAGGAGAAAUCAAAGUAUAAAGCUCAGGCGGAGAGUCUUAAAACUGAGGUUAAGGACCUGAAGAAGGAAAUUUCUAAAUUGCGGGACGACAGGCAGAAAUGGAUUGAUUUGGUUGCUUCGUUGCAGGCGGAGAAUACGAAGUUGGCCGCAGCGUCUGGUCAUGACUGA